AUGACGAGCUUCGACGAUCUCGCUUUGUCGCUCGAAAUCUCCUUUGCUGCCACUUUCUCGGCCAAACCUGGCCGGCCUAGUUCUUUGACUCCUCAGACGUUUCUGUCUUCAGAAAAUGAUCUGCCUGAAUCAUUCAUGACAGCGCGACAUGGUUCGACUCCUGCCGGCUGGAACAGGAACCGUCCUAUCAACACGAAGCAGGUCGAUGAAGAGGUUCCACAUGCGGUGACGAACACAAUAGCAGAAGCAAGAUCACUUUCACCAACGCACGACUGGAGUAUCAAAUCAUUGGCAGACAUGAACACGCAUCGGACAGCGUCUCAGGCCGCAAGCCCAACCCAAAAAUUGCCUGUUGGCUCUAUCACGUCGCCUGCGACUGCAUCUCCACCGAAAAGCUCGGUUCUCUGGCAGCAGACCGUGGUUUCCAAUGGGGGCCACAGCGGCGCCGUCUACUCGCGUCCCAGCACCAACUGUCGUCAGGAAUUCAGAAGCAACUUCAUCUUCAGGGCACAGCUCUUGUCACCAGAAACCGUCAAGCACAAACAAAGGUUGGCUGCGCUACCUUCAGAUCUACAGCUGACCCUUCCACGGGUGCGCGCGCUCUUCGUAUAA